CUCUUGACUAACAGGAGCAGCCUCCGCUGAGCAUGGAGAGCUGCCGCCGCGGCCAGCCGGCGACGCGGGAGACGCUUGCGCCCCAGAGGUAGUUUGGGGACCGCGAAGAAGGAAAAAGUGCCGGCGGGCGGCUGUGGACUUCCCGCCCUCGUCCCGCGAGGCCCGGCUGGCACCUCGGUCGUGGAUUUCGCUGCGAUCCACCCGGCAGCUCUUUGCAAAGCUGCUUGAAACUUCUCCCAAAGUCGACAUGGAUACGGCGGCGGCGGCGCUGCCUGUUUCUGUGGCGCUCUUGCUCCUCUCCCCUUGGUCUCCCCUGGGGUCGGCCCAAGGCCAGUUCUCCGCAGGUGGCUGUACUUUUGAUGAUGGUCCAGGGGCCUGUGAUUACCACCAGGAUCUAUAUGAUGACUUCGAAUGGGUACAUGUUAGUGCCCAAGAACCUCAUUAUCUGCCACCUGAGAUGCCUCAAGGUUCCUAUAUGAUAGUGGACUCUUCAGAUCAUGACCCUGGAGAAAAAGCCAGACUUCAGCUGCCGACAAUGAAGGAGAACGACACUCACUGUAUUGAUUUCAGUUACCUUUUAUACAGCCAGAAAGGGUUGAAUCCAGGCACUUUGAACAUAUUGGUUAGGGUGAAUAAAGGACCUCUUGCCAAUCCAAUUUGGAAUGUGACUGGAUUCACGGGUAGAGAUUGGCUUCGGGCGGAGCUAGCAGUGAGCACCUUUUGGCCCAAUGAAUAUCAGGUAAUAUUUGAAGCUGAAGUCUCAGGAGGGAGGAGUGGUUAUAUUGCCAUUGAUGACAUCCAAGUACUGAGUUAUCCUUGUGAUAAAUCUCCUCAUUUUCUCCGUCUGGGGGACGUGGAGGUCAAUGCAGGGCAGAAUGCUACGUUUCAGUGUAUUGCUACGGGGAGAGAUGCUGUGCAUAACAAGUUAUGGCUGCAGAGACGAAAUGGAGAAGAUAUACCAGUAGCCCAGACUAAGAACAUCAAUCACAGAAGAUUUGCUGCUUCCUUUAGAUUGCAGGAAGUGACAAAAACUGACCAGGAUUUGUACCGCUGUGUAACGCAGUCAGAACGAGGCUCCGGUGUGUCCAAUUUUGCUCAACUUAUUGUAAGAGAACCACCAAGACCCAUUGCUCCUCCCCAGCUGCUCGGUGUUGGGCCUACAUAUUUGCUGAUUCAGCUAAAUGCCAACUCCAUCAUUGGUGAUGGUCCCAUCAUUCUGAAAGAAGUGGAGUACCGAAUGACAUCAGGAUCCUGGACAGAAACGCAUGCAGUCAAUGCUCCAACUUAUAAAUUAUGGCAUUUGGACCCAGAUACUGAAUACGAGAUCCGUGUUCUACUUACAAGACCUGGUGAAGGUGGAACGGGGCUCCCAGGACCUCCACUAAUUACCAGAACCAAAUGUGCAGAACCUAUGAGAACCCCAAAGACAUUAAAGAUUGCUGAGAUACAGGCAAGACGCAUUGCUGUGGACUGGGAAUCCCUGGGUUAUAACAUUACUCGUUGCCACACUUUUAAUGUCACUAUCUGCUACCAUUACUUCCGUGGUCACAAUGAGAGCAAGGCAGACUGUUUGGACAUGGACCCCAAAGCCCCUCAGCAUGUUGUGAACCAUCUGCCACCUUAUACAAAUGUCAGCCUCAAGAUGAUCCUAACCAAUCCAGAAGGCAGGAAGGAGAGUGAAGAAACGAUUAUUCAAACUGAUGAAGAUGUGCCUGGCCCUGUACCAGUCAAUUCUCUUCAAGGAACAUCCUUUGAAAAUAAGAUCUUCUUGAACUGGAAAGAACCUUUGGAUUCAAAUGGAAUCAUCACUCAAUAUGAGGUCAGCUACAGCAGCAUAAGAUCAUUUGAUCCUGCAGUUCCAGUCGCUGGACCUCCCCAGACUGUAUCAAAUUUAUGGAACAGCACACAUCAUGUUUUUAUGCAUCUUCAUCCCGGAACCACCUACCAGUUUUUCAUAAGAGCCAGCACAGUCAAAGGCUUUGGGCCAGCCACGGCCAUCAAUGUGACCACCAAUAUCUCAGCUCCAACUUUACCUGACUAUGAAGGAGUGGAUGCCUCUCUCAAUGAAACAGCCACCACAAUAACCGUAUUGUUGAGACCAGCACAGGCCAAAGGGGCACCAAUCAGUGCCUAUCAGAUUGUUGUGGAGGAGUUGCACCCACACCGAACCAAGAGAGAAGCUGGAGCAAUGGAAUGCUACCAGGUCCCUGUUACAUACCAAAAUGCCCUGAGCAGGGGUGCACCAUACUACUUCGCUGCAGAACUGCCCCCAGGGAAUCUUCCCGAACCUGCCCCAUUCACAGUGGGUGACAAUAGGACCUAUCAGGGCUUUUGGAACCCUCCUUUGGCUCCACGAAAAGGAUACAACAUCUAUUUCCAGGCAAUGAGCAGUGUGGAGAAGGAAACUAAAACCCAGUGUGUACGAAUUGCUACAAAAGGUCCUCAAGGGAUGGGAGGAAGUCCACCUACAUUGGGGAAGACCAGUCUCCUCUGGAAACAUCCUCACAGACCCACCCAAAAUAAUGUAUCUGACAAGAAAGUUUACAUGUUUGCACAGAGGGGCUACAAUGAGAUCCGUGAAGUGAAACAGUUCCAUUUCACCGGCUGGCCUGACCACGGAGUACCAUACCAUGCCACGGGCCUCCUUUCCUUUAUCCGGCGAGUGAAGUUCUCCAACCCUCCCAGUGCCGGCCCCAUCGUUGUGCAUUGCAGUGCUGGUGCUGGACGAACUGGGUGUUACAUUGUGAUCGACAUCAUGCUGGACAUGGCUGAAAGAGAGGGUGUUGUUGACAUCUACAACUGUGUCAAAGCCUUAAGAUCUCGUCGUAUCAAUAUGGUCCAGACAGAGGAACAAUACAUUUUUAUUCAUGAUGCCAUUUUAGAAGCCUGUUUAUGUGGAGAAACUGCCAUACCUGUCUGUGAAUUUAAAGCUGCCUAUUUUGAUAUGAUUAGAAUAGACUCGCAGACUAACUCUUCACAUCUCAAAGAUGAAUUCCAGACUUUGAAUUCAGUCACCCCUCGACUACAAGCUGAAGACUGCAGUAUAGCGUGCCUGCCAAGGAAUCAUGACAAGAAUCGUUUUAUGGACAUGCUGCCACCUGACAGAUGUCUGCCUUUUUUAAUUACAAUUGAUGGGGAGAGUAGUAACUACAUCAAUGCUGCUCUUAUGGACAGCUACAGGCAACCAGCCGCUUUCAUUGUCACACAGUACCCUCUGCCAAACACUGUGAAAGACUUCUGGAGAUUAGUGUACGAUUAUGGCUGUACCUCCAUCGUGAUGUUGAACGAAGUCGACUUGUCCCAGGGGUGUCCUCAGUACUGGCCAGAGGAAGGGAUGUUGCGAUAUGGCCCUAUCCAAGUGGAGUGUAUGUCUUGUUCAAUGGACUGUGAUGUGAUAAACCGGAUUUUUAGGAUAUGCAAUCUAACAAGACCACAAGAAGGUUAUCUGAUGGUACAGCAGUUCCAGUAUCUAGGGUGGGCCUCUCACCGAGAAGUGCCAGGCUCCAAACGGUCAUUUUUGAAACUGAUACUGCAGGUGGAAAAAUGGCAGGAGGAAUGCGAGGAAGGGGAGGGCCGAACCAUCAUCCACUGCUUAAAUGGUGGUGGGCGAAGUGGUAUGUUCUGUGCUAUAGGCAUCGUUGUUGAAAUGGUGAAGCGGCAAAACGUGGUGGAUGUGUUCCAUGCAGUCAAGACCCUGAGGAACAGCAAGCCCAACAUGGUGGAAGCCCCGGAGCAGUACCGUUUCUGCUAUGAUGUCGCUUUGGAGUACGUGGAAUCUUCUUAGUUGGCUGAGAUCUCAGAGUCCGUCCACGCAGAAGCCCGUUCAUCUGUUGAGCCAGCAGCUCUUGUACCUGUUACACCUGUGCAGAAAGAUUUUAAUGUGGGGGGUGGGAGACUUUUACAUUCAAGAAGUAAGAGUAUUUUUCUUAUGAAGUUGUGUAUCUUAAUAAAAAGGACUCAAUUAGUUUCUAUUACUGUACGAAAGCAUCAACAUUUCGUGCCACAUAAAUUAUAUUUAAUAAGAACAGAUUCAAAUGAGAACUUAUCAGUGUUUGUACAGUGAAUAUGCAGCUUUUUCUCGCCUGGUUCUGGUAGAACAGCCACCACACGUUGCAUGAAUUAACAAAUUUCUAUGUGGCAUUUUUCUCCCUUUUUUUUUAGAUAAAAGAUGUUAACUCUUUAAGGAAGAAGUAAGAAAAGCUGUGCAAAUUCAUAGUAGAGUUCAUUUUUUAUAUGUUUCCAGUGUAGCAGAUCUCUGUAUAAAUAUAUAAAUAUAUAUAACUGGCUUAUUUUCUUUUGAUGUGCAAUGAUAGCUGGAUCAUUUAAAGUUCUUUUUAGGGAAAAAAAAAAAAAACAUAAGCCAAAGACUCAACUGUAAAUAUGUCUAUAUGGAGAAAGCACAUUAUAUUUAUUGGUUACUUACAUUCCUUUUUUGAUGGCUAAAAUACUACCACCACACAAUCAUUUCUUUUCUGAAGAAAGCUUUUCUUUCACUAAAAUCAAUUGUAAACGAUUUUUGUAGAUUAUUUUUUGUAUGUUUUAGUGUAAGUAGAGGAUAAACUUUUUAUUCAUAAACCAGGAAGCGAUGUUCUUUAUAGUGAUUCUCUUGUGUACAUGCUUGUGAAUUAAAUUUAUGUAAAACACUUGGCAAUUGGGUCUUUUAAUAUAGGACCAAAUUAAAACAUUUUGCUGAAGAUGUGUAAUUUUUCACAAUUUCAUUAGGUAAAUAAUGGUUUGGUGAUCAUACAUGAGAAUUGCACACAUUCAAGGGCCUUGCUGAUGACUUGCGCAAUGCUGAACAUCCCUUUAAGCAUCGUUUAAAUUUUAAAGGAAUUGAUUUUGUCAGCCUAUGAGCAAGCACUGGUCAAGAAAACAAAAUGGCAACAUUUAUGCUUUCAGAGUCAAAUUUUAGCAAACUGUAAACCAUCAAGAUGAUAGAGUGUUUCUUUUGAUAUUUACAUGCACAAGCUUUGGGUUAUGACCAUAGGAAGUGUGAACAAAUCGAUGCCAGAUUCCUGUUUGUGCAUUGUCGUGGGAUUUGUAAGUGAACCUUUCUAAAUGUGGUCUUGUUCAUAUGCUCCAUAUAGCUGUAACUUCACAUCAUCAGCUUGCAGUUUGUUAUUGACUAAAGCAUUCCAGUAUCCUCCUCCUAGAUUGCCAGUACAUGACAUGGUGCUUAUAAAGAUUUAACUAAAGUAAGAGUGAAAUAAAGUUUUUAUAAUUACAACAA